AUGGGGCAAACACUUACCACUCCUCUAAGCCUCACUCUAGGUCACUGGAAAGAUGUUCAGAACCGAGCCAACAACUUAUCGGUGGAAGUCAAAAGAAGAAAAUGGCAGAUUCUCUGUACCUCUGAAUGGCCCACCUUCAAAGCUGAAUGGCCCACAGAGGGAACCUUUAACAUCAAUGUUAUUUUGCAGGUCAAGGAGCGAAUCUUUAAUCAGGGACCUCAAGGUCAUCCGGACCAAGCACCUUAUAUUAUAGUCUGGGAAAGUCUAGUCAAAGAACCCCCUCCGUGGGUCUCUCCUUUUGUCCCCUCUUGCCCUCCCUUGAACCCCUCAACGCCGCCUCCAUCAGCCCCUACCUCUCACCCAGUUCCCUCCGCUCCACCGGCUCCACUCCACACACCAACUCCUAGCGACCCCUCAAAACCCCCCAUCUCUUCUGACCUAUAUCCUGUGGUCCCUAUUGACCCUCCCUCUUCUAACGAUGCCCCCUCUCUGCGACGCCCCAGACAAUUACAGGUCCUCCCUUCCGAGGAAUCCCCUUUGAUAGACCUCCUAACCGAGGACCCCCCACCUUAUCGCCCUCUUAGACCAGCACCAAACCCCAUAAGGGAACCAGAUCCUGACCCUUCGCCAUCUCCAAUCGCAGGCAGAGUUAGAGGCCGACAAAGACCGGAAAAAGAAGAAGCUUCCAGGCUCCUACCCUUGCGUCAGGGGAGGGAACCAGGAAGCCUCCAAUAUUGGCCCUUUUCUGCAUCUGAUCUAUAUAACUGGAAGUCUCAUAACCCUUCCUUUUCACAGGACCCCGUGGCCCUAACCGCCUUAAUUGAAUCUAUCUUAAUUACCCAUCAGCCUACCUGGGAUGAUUGUCAGCAGCUCUUGCAGGCUCUCCUCACCACAGAGGAGAGACAAAAGGUUUUUCUAGAGGCCAGAAAGAAUGUCCCAGGGGACGACGGAAGGGUCACACAACUUCCUAAUGAGAUAGAUGCUGCCUUCCCUCUGACUCGCCCUGACUGGGACUUCAAUACGGCUGCGGGUAGGACUCACCUACGUCUUUACCGCCAGUUACUCAUAGCAGGCCUCCAUAAUGCGGGACGUCGCCCCACUAAUUUGGCCCAGGUAAGGCAAGUGACUCAAGGUAAGGAGGAAUCUCCAACCGCCUUCUUAGAAAGGCUUAAGGAAGCUUACCGCAGGUAUACGCCUUUUGACCCAGAUAGUGAUGAUCAGAGAGGGAAUGUCUCCAUGACAUUCAUUUGGCAGUCAGCUCCAGAUAUUAGAAACAAGUUACAGCGUUUGGAAAAUCUACAAGAUUUCUCUUUGCAAGAUUUAUUAAAGGAGGCAGAAAAGAUUUUUAAUAAGAGAGAAACCCAGGAGGAAAAAGAGGAACGACUUAGGAAGUUGCAGGAGGAAAAAGAGGAAAAGCUAAGGAAGGAAACUGAGGAAAAGGAAGAAAAGCGAGAACGUAAACGAAACAAGGAACUUAGUAAAAUCUUGGCCACCGUAGUGCAAGGCAGCCAGAGCUUAGAGAUAGGAAAGUCAGACAGAAAGGGAGACAUAAGGAGGCUUCAGAUAGAACGGGACCAAUGUGCCUAUUGCAAGGAACGAGGACAUUGGGCCAGAAACUGCCCGAACAAUCCUAAGAGAAGUACUAAGCCGGUCACAAGACUCAUGGCUUUAGACAAAGACUAGGGGCGUCAGGGUCAGGAGCCCCCCCCUGAACCCCGGGUAACCCUAACCGUUGGGGGGCAACCAAUCACCUUUCUAGUAGAUACAGGGGCUCAACACUCCGUUUUAACUAAGGACCCGGGACCACUCAGCAACCGGACGGCCUGGGUUCAAGGAGCCACUGGAGGAAAACAAUAUUGUUGGACAACAGACAGGAAGGUACACCUGGCCUCAGGUAAAGUUUCUCAUUCCUUUCUUCAUGUUCCUGAUUGCCCCUAUCCGCUCCUGGGUAGAGACUUGUUGACCAAACUCAAAGCUCAAAUUCAUUUUGAACCACAAGGGGCCACCGUGACCGGCCCUAAGGGAACUCCUCUACAUAUCCUUACCUUACAAUUGGAAGAAGAAUAUAGAUUACAUGAGGAGCCCCCUCAGCCCCAAAAGGACAUAAAAUCCUGGCUUGCAUCUUACCCUAAUGCCUGGGCGGAAACAGGAGGAAUAGGACUAGCUAUCCAACAGCCCCCCAUUCACAUACAAUUAAAGGCAACCGCCGUUCCUGUCAAUGUUAAACAGUACCCUAUGUCCAAUGAGGCCUAUCAGGGCAUCAAGCCACACAUACGGCGGCUACUAGACCAAGGCAUUUUAACCCCAUGCCGGUCUCCUUGGAACACUCCUCUGUUACCCGUCAAGAAGCCUGGUACCAAUGAUUACCGACCAGUUCAGGACCUCAGGGAAGUCAAUAAGAGGGUAGAAGACAUCCACCCUACGGUGCCCAACCCUUACAACUUACUCAGCACCUUGCCUCCAACCCAUUCCUGGUAUACCGUCUUAGACCUCAAAGAUGCGUUCUUCUGUUUAAGACUGAGUCCUCAGAGCCAGCCUCUCUUUGCCUUUGAAUGGAGGGAUCCGGACUUAGGAAUAUCAGGCCAGUUGACCUGGACUCGGUUACCACAAGGGUUUAAGAACAGCCCAACGCUGUUCGAUGAGGCUCUUCACCAGGACUUGGCUGACUUCCGGGUAAGGCACCCCUCCCUGAUCCUGCUUCAGUACGUCGAUGACAUCCUACUAGCAGCCACCAAUGAAGAAGACUGCCGUACAGGUACUGGGGAUCUUUUAAUGACUCUAGGCCAAUUGGGAUAUAGGGCAUCUGCCAAGAAGGCCCAGAUUUGUCAGGUUAAAGUCACCUACCUGGGCUAUGAACUAUAUGAUGGCCAACGAUGGCUAACGGCUGCAAGGAAAGAGACUAUUCUUAACAUUCCUGCGCCUCAAAACCAUAGGCAAUUGCGAGAGUUCCUAGGAACAGCGGGCUUUUGUAGACUAUGGAUUCCGGGAUUCGCAGAAAUAGCGGCCCCUCUGUAUCCAUUAACUAAGCAAGAUACUCCUUUUGUAUGGACUGAACAACAGCAGCAGGCGUUUGAUCAUAUCAAACAAGCACUCCUUAAAUCCCCAGCAUUAGGCCUGCCAGACAUUACAAAGCCCUUUGACCUUUUUGUUGAUGAAAAACAGGGCUUUGCUAAAGGGGUCUUAACACAGAGACUCGGACCUUGGAGACGCCCUAUUGCGUACCUCUCUAAAAAAUUAGACCCCGUGGCAGCUGGCUGGCCACCAUGCCUAAAGAUGAUAGCAGCAAUUGCAGUUCUCAUCAAAGAUGCCACCAAACUGACACUGGGACAGCCCCUAACCAUCCUGGCUCCACACACAGUGGAAUCUCUAAUCCGCCAACCACCAGACCGCUGGUUGUCAAAUGCCCGUCUGACACAUUAUCAGUCCCUCCUCCUGGACACAGACAGGAUCCAAUUUGGACCUGUAAUGGCUCUUAACCCCGCAACCUUGCUGCCCACUCCGGGAGAAAUACCAUCACAUGACUGUCACCAGAUCCUUGCGGAAACACAUGGGACACGACCGGACCUAACCGAUCAGCCCAUGAAGGAUGCGGACCUAACCUGGUACACAGAUGGCAGUAGCUACCUGCAGGAUGGAAAACGACGGGCGGGGGCGGCCAUCACGACCGACUCCCAGCUUGUAUGGGCAAGCGCGCUACCAGAAGGUACCUCAGCUCAGAGGGCAGAGCUGAUAGCUCUAACGCAGGCCCUCCAACUGGCAGAAGGUAAGAGCCUUAAUGUUUAUACAGAUAGCAGAUAUGCUUUUGCUACUGCUCAUGUCCACGGAGAAAUCUAUCGGAGGAGGGGGCUGCUAACCUCAGAGGGCAAAGAAAUCAAAAAUAAAGCCGAGAUAUUGGCCUUAUUAAAAGCCUUAUUUCUUCCUAAAAGGCUGAGCAUAAUGUACUGUCCUGGCCACCAGAAAGGGGAAACCCCCGAGGCAAAGGGAAACCGCCUAGCUGACGCGAUGGCUAAACAGGCAGCCUUGGGGCCCCAAUUGCUAACUGUCACUAUACUUACUGAGACAGAAGACAUAGAUAAUGCCAUCAUUUGGAAUUAUGAGGAAGCCGACUUAGACUAUGUACAAAAAUUAGGGGCUGACCAUAAUCCAGCCCUCAAUCGAUGGGAAUAUAACGGAAAAGCUAUAAUGCCUAUAAAAAUGGCAAAAGAACUAAUCAAUCACCUCCAUCGGCUAACUCACCUGAGUGCAAGCAAAAUGAAGGCCUUAAUGGAUAAGGCCAACUUAGAAAGCCAUUUCCCCAAACAAAAUUUCCUUCUUCAUCAAGCAGCUGCUAAUUGUAAAGUCUGUGCUCAAGUCAAUCCUGGAAAGACUGUUAUUGGACCUGGAGUCCGGGUGCGCGGACAACGUCCUGGCACACAUUGGGAAGUUGACUUUACCGAAAUUAAACCUGGCAUGUAUGGAUAUAAAUAUCUUUUAGUUUUUCUAGACACCUUUUCAGGAUGGGCAGAAGCUUUUCCUACCAAAAAGGAGACAGCUAACAUAGUCGCCAAAAAACUAUUAGAAGAAAUUUUCCCAAGGUAUGGAAUACCCAAGGUACUAGGGUCCGACAACGGGCCUGCCUUCGUCUCCCAGGUAAGUCAGUCGGUGGCCAAGCUACUGGGGAUCGAUUGGAAAUUACAUUGUGCUUACAGGCCCCAGAGUUCAGGACAGGUAGAAAGAAUGAAUAGAACCAUCAAGGAGGCUUUAACUAAAUUACUGCUUGAAACUGGCUCUAAAGAUUGGGUAUCACUCCUACCUCUAGCACUCUAUCGGGCACGAAAUACCCCAGGACCUCAUGGUCUAACUCCCUUUGAGAUUCUCUAUGGGGCUCCACCCCCCGCUGUCACUUUCUUUGCCCCCGAUAUUGCCGCUCAUUCCCCCUCCCCCUCUGUACAGGCCCAUCUGCAAGCCCUGCAGCUGGUGCAACAAGAAAUCUGGAAACCCCUGGCAGCCGCCUACAAGGAAAAACUUGACGUCCCACAACGGCCACACCCCUAUAAAAUAGGGGACACUGUCUGGGUUCGCAGACAUCGGACCACAAACCUCGAACCCCGUUGGAAGGGACCCCACGUAGUGCUCCUGACGACACCCACAGCACUGAAGGUUGACGGGAUUGCAGCCUGGAUCCACGCCUCCCACGUGAAAGCAGCGCACCCGGAGAAACAGACUGAUCCCCUUCAAGAUUCGGAAUGGACCGUACAACGCUCCCCAAAUCCACUAAAGAUAAGACUUGUGCGAUCAUAG